ACAAACAUGUCAUCGACACUUUUAAGUCAAGCUAAAAUAUAACAGUCAAUUUCAGUAAUUUAGUCCGAAUUUUAGUGUAUUCAAGUUUUGAAAGUUAUUUGUUUCUAUUCCUUUUUGAGUCUAUAAAAAUUUCAUAUUUUUAUUUUGUCUUACCUGAAAAUGAUAUUUUAAAUAGAAAGCAAUGAAAGAAUGGCUUUCAACAACAAUAAUCCUGUGUACGUUUGGCUUCUUUCGGGAGUUUCGACCAAGUGAUCGGUCCGGUUUCAGUUGGAUAGCUAGUGCAGAAAAAAAUGUAACCGAAGCCGAAGCUGAUGAUCUGGAAAAAUGGGGACAAAAUUCGUAUCUUUCGCAUUCAGCAUUCAUGUUUCUUAUCACGGAUUACCUUUUGUAUCAACCGAUACUCGUCUUCUCAGCGGUUGUUGGUAUAAUCUUGUGGACGAUGGUUAUUUCGGCGACCACUUCUGAGGCAAUAGGGGCUAUCCAAGUCCUUCAUGGAACUUAUAAGUCCGCCGAGCUAGCAUAUUUUACCUAUAUCUAUGCUAAAGUUGAGAAGAAGUACUUUUUCACCGUGUCUGUGUUGACAAGGUCUACAGGAUUAUUCUCGUCGGCAAUUUCGUCAGCUCUAGGGGAACUUCUAGUUAAUUCAGGAUCCUGCACUGAAGCAAAUUUAAAUUACAUAUCGUUGGCAGCUCAGUUUGCGUCACUUCUCGUUGCGAUUACCCUUCCAAGGGUAUACCACGCAUGGACAUAUGAGCAAGCCGUAGCUGAUGCAGCUACUAGUGCUACAGAAGAUACUGCUGAGGCCGUGGCUGAUGCUACCGUUCAAGCAACAGAAGCAGCUACCCAAAGUGCUGUCGACGCCGCCAUUCAAGCUACUGCUGAAGCUAUUGGAAAUUCUUCCUCAGAAACUGUUAAAGGCAUCCCAUCACAAGAACAUCAGGGCAGUACAACGGAUGAGACUGAUUACACUGAUGUCAACAUUGAGGGGAGUGAGCAACUCAGCAGUGAAACAGAGAGCUAUUCGGAAACUAAGGCCAAUAGAAGAAAACCACCAAAGGUACGGACAGUUGGAGCGCAAGCUCGUAAACUCAACCCACAUCUAACAAUUAAUCAGGUAGAGUACAUAAGGAGAAGAAUAGCGGAGGCUUUAGAUGUGGAUGAAAUUGCAGUCGAUAUAUGUAGACGGGCUUUACACAAGUUAAAUGAGGAGAGGGGUUCAGAAAUUGUUGGUUCACGCAAGGAAGACAUUACUGAACUCCAAUUAGCUAGGGGUUGGAAGCAAAAAUUUCAAGAAAUAGCUGGUAGUGGAGAAAAAGGAAUCAACAAGAUAACUGAUGGUAUCAAAAAUAAGGUUAUACCCAAAGGUUUCGAAGAUGCGGCCAAAAAAGCAACAGAAGGAAUAAAAGAAAAGACCGAAAAAAUAACUGAUGACCUAAAGGAAAAAAUAGCUGGUAAAAUACAAGCAAGGGUCGGAAAGGCGACAGACAAGAUCCAGAAUAUUCCACUCAUAGGUAGCUUGAAAGGAAUAAAACAAAUGCUCCUAUUUGUAGUCAGAACUUAUAGUAAUUUGUUCAUCUUGAAAUGGAGUCUCUGGUGGAUUGUUGCGAACUCAGUAUUCUUGUUGGUUUCUAGUUCCUCACAGGUCCUUUGGCGCGGAAUCGAUCCAGAUUAUCAUGACUCUUCCAAAGGUACCGUCGCAGCAGUUGCGAAAACUUUGUCCGGUAUAGCAUCUAUUUCAGUGAUAUUCACAGUGCACAGACAAUUCACUAGGUCAUUCGAGGUGUGGCUUCUCGCUGCAGCUUCUGCAGUUCAAAGCGUUCUUAUUUUAAUCAUGUCGCUGACAUCUCGUCUUUGGUUCUCAUAUUCGGCAUACGUACUUUUCAGCAUAGUAUACAACUUCCUAAUUACAUACGCUAGUGGACUGAUUUCCAAAGAACUUGAAGACCAAACAUACGGAAUGAUAUUUGGUAUUAACACAUUUGUAUCGCUGUCAAUCAAUUCAGCAAUAAGGUCUGUCUGGAUAUCUAAAGAUGGUUUUAAGCUUGGGCGCCGAACUCGCUUUUAUUUAUUUUCGGGAUUUUUCCUCAUAGUAGCCGGAGUUUAUGGUAUCAUUGGCUUUGUAAAUCAACCUUAUCUACUUGGUAAGGUAAAGGUCCUGAAAUUGAAAUUUAUGAAACUUAUAUCUAAGCUGCUGGCUUGGCUUCGAAAUAGAAUUUUGACCAUUAAACAGAAGUCUUAGUGGAGAAGGUAAAAAUAUGCUGUCGAAGUAUCCUACG